GGGCAGGCCCCUGAAUCGGGUUGCGAAUAAACGGACUGUUGCACGAUUGCUGUUGGUCCAAUGGUUGUUGGUGGCCCCGGUGUUUUUUUGAUUGCCGCAACCCGGAAAACACGUACGGUAAUCAAAGUACCAAAAUGCUGAUGCGAAUAUGCCGGCACUAGAGGGCAAACGGAACGUAACGCCCAGUCUCCUCUCCUCCAUCACGCGCUCGGGCCGAACUACACCCAUGAAAGUCAAACUCCUGAACUAGAUUUCAUGGCCCAGUACAUGAACAAACUCGCACCAACGCUCUAUAAUUUGCCCAUCACUGGUUUUUUUGCUGAUGUUACAAGGCGAGAAGCCGAAUCUCCAUCCUGUCCUGUCGAAGCUCAACAAGAGACAGGGGAACCUAUCGAACUAACGCUAGAUCGAGUAGUUGGAAUGGAAAUGAAAAGGGGAGGCCAUGGAGAGAAUCAUCAAACCUAUCUUCUCCCCGUCAAUCCCAAUAUUCUCAGACUCCCAUUGAAUUCGUCGAUAGAAAGCACCCGGGCAGCCCUUCAGGGACAGCGUAUAACGUUCAGUCGUGCCCUGUAUCACUCUCGAUGGAUUAUCCUGGAAUUUCAAGUCAAGGCUCGGAACGAAACAUUAUAUCUCGCCGUCCAACCACUAUUACACACCUGCGUAAACGUCUUCCCAAAUGCCGUUUGGGACACCACCGUUCGCAACGCAAAUCGAAAAUGCAAGUACAAUCAUGACGGUCAAAUAGGCAGACGGUUUAAGAUCGGUCUUGCAGUUCACCUAGGUGAAUACAUUAUAGCGUUCUGCUCGUACGAUAACUUGUUUGGAGUGCAAUGGUCGACCAAUGUAAUUCCGGACGCUGUCCCUAUUCAAGAUGCCUUGAACCCGUGCAAUACCGUGCUUCCUCAUAUUAACCUUGACGGAACUGCACUGGGAUCAGAAGAAGUCUAUGAUACAUUUCUAGGUUCCGUGGCAGAAUGGGCGACAAAACGAUUGAAAAGCCGAUCGGAUGAUUAUUUGGUUACCGCACUUCGCACAGCGGAGGGACCGUUUUUGGGUUUGGGCGUUUACACCAGUACUGAGAUUUUGUGGUAUGCAGGGUUGUCGCCUUGGCUUCGUCUGAAAGAGGUGCUUCAUAACCCGUCUCGCCUUGCGCGUCUGUGUGAAGCGUGCUAUACGUUUAUGAUGAAGAGUCAUCAAUAUAAUCGGUGGGUACAUGUUAAGGAAAUGGAUGAUACAAAUAUCAGUACUAACUGUGAUCUGUUCAGCCGAAUGCUAGCAAAGGUUUUGAACGUACGCAGAAGCGCAAUCACGCUGAAUGCAACCACUCAAGAAGUCCUGGAUUACGCGCGUUCACAUCUCAUUAUUUACGGACGAGCAACAGCCCAAGUAUCUUCUUUCGUCAAAGAUGCUCUCGUUCAAACACAAAAAUUGGAUGUGUAUGAAUACUGUUUAACAAUGAAGAAUAUCGAACGCACCGGACACCUGAAGCAUUUAAUCUGGGAACCAUCUACCGCCCAAGGUUUGUUUGUGAACAAAGAUCGGAUUUCUCGAUACUUUGCCGAUAUGCUCCAAGAUCAUGGAGGGCUGGGGAAAUUCAUGUCCAACGCCGUUUUCCCAACCUUCCUUCCCAGCCAGCCAACCAUCGUCCGGACCAAAUUCCGAUGUUUCGCAUUACCCACAAAACUAUACCGACCUAAUAAGCGUUCGUUAUGGACGGUGCUCACGUCGCCGAUCGAGUUGCAAGCUAUGGAUAUGGUACCGUCGGUAAUGUGUUCCAAGCCGAGUACCGCGAACACAGAAACAGCCAAGAAUGUGGUGGAGUGGUUGAAGAUGACCAGUCCCAUUCCCAUGUCGGUGCCCAUGUCAGUACCAGUACCAUCGCCAUCACCAUCGCCAGUUUCAACGCCGUCGAAGAAAAGGGGCAAGUCCGUUUCCGUUUCGCCUAAAGGGAAGAAGAAGAAGAGCGGGCCUGGUGAUAUUCGCGUUCGCGAUAGUUCGGAUGGGAUUAACAUUCGUCAAGAACCGGAAUCAACUCGUCAAGCUAGACUCCUCGAAUCUAUCAUUCUCAAAACAAAGACGUAUGGUGUAGGCCCACUCGAGUUUUGUGGGGUUGUUAAAACCAUUGUACACGGGAUCAAGUACCAUUUGUUAUACGGAGAUAGCUCAAAAUGGAGCCCCUUCGCGCGAGAUGUAAACCAGUAUCGGGAGGCGCUGGUGGUUUGCAAAGACAACUUGAAGCAUCGUAGAGUAGGCGUUCUUGGGAGUCUGCUUGCUCGAAGACGAUCCUCGUCUAUGAUGACACGGAUAUCCCGGGCAACGUCCUCAUUGGCGGCUGAAACAGCAAAUCAGGACGGGGAACGCGCACGGAAAAAGCGGCGGAUUCAUGCAGAUGCAGCGAUUAUCUUGCAAGGCGUGGCCGUGGCACAGACUGUACAUGUUGGAAAAGGGAUGUGA